CAAUUAAAGAUACAAUUUUUUUUUUGUGAUUUUGCGACUUCGACUAUUGCAGUGCAGCUUCUUCCUCCCUGCACAGACCGCGACCGACGCAAUCGCCGCCGCAGCCCAGCCGCCGCGCCUCCAUCCAUCUCGCCGCCGACCGCCGCGCGAGCGGGAGGCCCGGCGAUUCGCAGCCGGCAGCGAGGCUCCUGCUCGCUCCGCGCUUCACGGCCGAUAGAUUGAUUCCGUCGCGUCGAACGACACCUCGCCUGAGUGCUCGACGCUGACCCCGCUCGAUUCUUCUUCACGCCGACCAGGUAAUGGAACGAUGGAUGCAAAUGUGGUGCGUGAUGAUGUAGUGAUUGAAGAGGAAUUUGUCUUGCUUGAUCUCGACUCUGUCCCCGAGCAGUUUGACAUCCCGCCGAAUGCACCUUACGUCUUAUCUGGUUUGGAUACAUUGAAUCCCAUAUUGAUCAUUGAUAACAAAUUGAAGCUGAUUGGGCAUUAUGAGGAAACAAUAGGAACAUGUAUUGCUCUUACCGAAGAAGGUGCUUCCCCCAUUGUUCCUGAAGAGACAGGACCAUCUGAAGUGAACAAAUCCUCUGGAAAAUCUAAUAUGGAUCCAAAUCAGUGUCCCAGCAAGCAAGUAAAACCAGUAGCCUGCAUCAAUAAGAUUCUCAAGUUUAAAUUAUUUGUAGACGCCGAUGUUCCUGAAGCAAGUGGUCAGCUAUGAAUAAGAAUUUUCAAUUAGUCAUCAA